AUGAAGAUUUCUCUUUUUCUUCUUUUGUUACUGUUUUUAUUUUUUUCCCAUGCUACCUUUGCCUUUACUCCGACCAAAAUAAAUUCCAACUCGUUAACAUUUGGCGCUGUCAAUUAUUAUAACCAUGGUCAAAGAAAAAAAGCUAUAAGAUCUACCAUUCAUCCAAAAAUUCACGCAUAUCCCAAUUUUGUAAGCAAUAUAAUUGAACCCUUGUCGAACAAAAAUUUUAAAAAAUAUUUUCUUUUUCGAUCAUUAUCACGUAUAUGUGUUUCUCUAAGUAGUGCUUUCUCACUAAAUGCAAGAAUAUAUUUAUACAGAAAAAAUAAUAACAAUGUAUAUCUGACUCAAGCAUUAAUUUAUAAUGAAAUACUCAUUAAGAUGUUAAAAAUAUGUUGGUUAUAUAAACUAAGUUCAUUUGUUGAUAGAAACAUAAAAUUAUGUAGAAUUAUGUCAACCGUGUUUUAUGUAAUUGGUAUUUAUUUUGGAAUAGCUUCAUCCACUUGGAAUUUUUCAAAAAAUUCUUUUUUUUUUUCAUAUAUCUUAUAUACACUGUCCUCAAUUCUGCAAAGUUUAAGUAUCAUGACUUAUGCAUCUAUUAGAUCUGCUACAAACCUUCGCUUGUGCCAAAUCUUGAACACACCAGAUAGAACGGAUCUCGAGAUAGUUAAUACAAAUAGUGUUCAAUCAUGCAAGGAUCAUUCAUCCAAUGUUAAUCCUGUAAAUCAUGAACCAAAAAAAUAUCACACAGAUGAAACAAAUUUUAACAAAAUUCCAGAAAAUUAUUCUCUAACAUAUAGAGAUCAGCAUGUAAAUAUUGAUCUUGCACAGAAUAGUAACGCUUCACAUGUGAAGUUAUCAAAAGGGAUUACUACUUCUCUUGGAUGCAGCAGCGAAAUAGAUCAAGCAAGGGAAAGAGAUAAUACCAUGGAAAUUCACAGUAAUAACAAGGAUUUUUCCAUCCAUCAAUCAAAUUGUACAACUGAAUCCGGUAGUAGUAGUAGUAGCAGUAGAAGUAGAAGUAGUGGGAUGGACUUACACGACAUACAAAUCGAAAAGAUGAAAAUAUACCACAUUGGAGAAGUAAGUGUUAUUACUGAUCUGCUGGCAUCCGUUGUAGACCUAGUAACAGUUGUGAUUCUAGCACGAGCCACCAAAUGGAUUAAGCAAAAACUUUAUUUUUAUGUCAUGUUGUCUUCUUUGCAUUUAUUUUUUUCAUACAAAGAAUUACAGUGUUUGCUAAACUAG